AUGAGUGAGGUAGUUCAUGGUUCUACAACAAAACGAAUGCAUGCGGUAGCUGCACUGAAAAAGGUUAAGAAAAAUAUCAGAAAGCACUAUGAUGAUGAAGAAGCUCAUGAAGUUCACAGAGUAUUAUCAAGAAAGCUGUUCAGAAGUUUGGUGGAGAUAUUCGAUCUGAUUUCAUAUCCAUAUGAACAAAUACCAGAUGAAGAGACAAAUUUAGUCGGUGUCAUCGAUGAACUAUUAAUAUCAUUACAUGAUGGUCCAUUGGCUAUCGAUUCGUUAGAUGUAGAGGCAAAUGAAUUAGUAGAGAUACUUACUUCUCCUAUGUGGCGUGGUUUCGCUUAUGCUUAUACUGAAGUAGCAACGAAACACUUUGAUAUGCCUGAGUUACCUGAGAUCGCCUUCAAUAUGUCAGGUUUAGGUGGUACUUAUACAACCUUGGGAAGUUUAAUGGCUAGUAAAAUAUCUAAUAUGCAUGUACCUACUAAAAGUUAUGGAGAUAUAACUGUUAAAGAUGAUCGUAAUGGAAUUAUAAAUGAUCCUUAUGCUUCAAGAUCUGUUAUUUAUGGUAUCGGUAGUGAUAAAGGUUAUAUUGAUUUGAGAAAAAAUGAAGCUACACUUACUGGAGGUGGCGAGGGACCGGCACUGCCACCUGUUGAAGGUGCAGUUAAAAUGGUUGGAAUUCAAAAGAAUUACGGAGAAGAUUUGGGUAUUACAGUAGUUCAACAACAAUAUAUGUCUGCACAUUAUGGUUUAGUAAAAGAACUAGUCAUCAAGCGUAUUUUAGCAGCAUCUCAUGUUGAACAACUUGAUCUACUCCAUGAAGGUGAUGUUAUUCGUGAAGUAAAUGGUGUAGCAGUUGAUAAUCCUGAAGUAUUACAAAAAGUAUUAAAAAAUGCAUCAGGCAACGUCACUUUAAAAAUUAUUCCUGGCUAUCAGUCAACACCACUUUCAUCCCAACUUUUCCUCAGAGCUCAUUUUUCCUAUGAUCCAAAAAAUGAUAAUUUAAUUCCAUGUAAAGAAGCUGGUUUAGCAUUUUCAGCUGGUUCUAUUCUUCAAGUACUCAAACAAGAAGAUCCUUAUUGGUGGCAGGCAAGACAUCAUAAUCAAGAUGGUCGUGCUGGUCUCAUUCCAUCAAUUGUUUUACAAGAAAGACGUAAAGCCUUUAUUCAAAGUGCUCCAAAUCCAGAAGACUUAACGUAUAAAAUGUUUGCCUGUGGACUUGCUAGACGUAGAAAGAAAAAGGUGACUAUACCAUUUUGUGCAAGAGACGCUGACAAUUAUGAUACAAAAGACCUUGUAAUUUAUGAAGAAGUUGCUAUGGUAUCAGGUUUUCAACGUCCUGUUGUUUGUUUAAUUGGUGCACCUGGUGUUGGUCGUCGAAGUCUACGAAAUAUGUUAAUUCGUGCUAAUAGAGAAAGAUAUGCAUCAGCUGUUGCACACACAUCAAAAGAAUUAGAGCCUGGAGAAGAAGAUGACGGUGAAUUUAUUGUUGAACCAAAGGCUAAAAUGGAAAUGGAGAAUUUGAAAAAUAAGUAUUUUGAAUUUGGUGAAUUUGAAGAUAAUUUCUAUGGAACAAAAUAUGAUAGUAUACGUGAAGUUAUCAAUGCAGGACGUACAUGCCUGCUUGAUUGUUCUGCGCAUUCUGUAGCGAAAUUAAGAAAUUCUGAAUUUAUGCCAUAUGUAGUAUUUUUAGCUGCUCCAUCUGUUAGUUGUAUGAAGGCAAUGUAUGAAUACGGAAUGAGUAUGGGAUUUACUGAGAAAUGGAAAAGAGAUGAAUCAUUUCGUAAAACCCUUGAAACUAGUACAUAUAUUGAAAGUAAUUAUCGUUAUUUAAUGGAUUUAAUUUUAUUAUGUGAUAAUAUUGAAACAACUUUUGAACAGCUGAAUUAUCAUUUAAACAAUCUAUUAACAGAACCUCAAUGGGUACCAGCUAAAUGGUUGUAUUAA